UGGAGAGAAAAGGCUUCUUGUCAACCGGCCACCUGCCUCCAUCGGCCCGCUCGUUUCUUUGGUGCUCGUCGAGCCAGGCCAAACGUUGCGGCAGAUGACGAGGUAAUUGAUUCAUGGAAUGGCGCCGCAUGUCUGCCUGCAACCAAGACCGAGUGCGAGCUGCGAGCCUGCUGGCUCGAUCUUCGCCAAGGGUAUUGCGCGUUGCUGAACCGCUCCCGUGGGAACUCCAAUUGCAUGCCGCGUUGA